UGCACAAUAGAAGCAAAAGAAAGUACUCCGACCGUCCUAGAAAGAUUCCUCCCUGGAUCCCAAAAUUAUUGUCGAGUUUAAGUUAUUUUUAGUAUAAGAUAAAUUAAAAGUGAAAUCGCAAACUGCACAAUAAUUUUGAGACACAAUUUUAAAUGGAACAAGCCAUAAGGAAUGUGAACAAAUUCCGCACCACUGUGAAGGCCUAGGUAAUGAAUUCUACUUGAAGUACCCAUUUCGAUUUCAGGGCGACCCAGAAUUCUGUGGUCAUCCAAUGCUCGAAAUCGCUUGUCACCAAAAACAACCCAUUUGGCACUUCCAUUAUUCUUCCUCCUCGCAAGAAUACUUGUACCUUUAUGUGGACGUAUUCAAUAUCAAUUACGAGUCAAUGGAAAUCCGUGUCAUAGAUCCCGGUUUCGAAAAUGGUCUCCCGAUUAACCCUUACAUUUAUGCAUUAUUGGGUGAUGAAUUUAUUCAAACCGGUGAACUUUCCUUCGGUUUCCCAGAUAGUUAUCUGAUCUUUGUGAGUUGUGAGAAUGAUAUUCUUCAGGUGAAGAAACAUCAAUCAUCAAAAGCAGAGUUCCCGAUUUACAUCGAAGCAAGUAGUACCAAUACAGUCUCUGCUUCUUCUUCUUAUAAUUAUGUGGUGGUUGGUCAAGGAUUGGUUGCUUCAGACAUUGAAGAUUCAUGUACCAUCAUUAAAAUGAUCCCAACAAAUUUGGAUGAGUUUCUUCUUACCAGCAGGAGGACAAGGAAUGUUACGUUCCAACAGAUAAUGGAUUUGAUGAAAUCUGGUUUUCCUGUGAGCUGGGCCUUUUACCCUCAAGAAGCUCAGAUCAAAUCUUUUCGGUGUCAAACAGAACUAAUAAUAGAGAACUUGUUCGCAAGGGUUAACAAAACUGUCGACGGUGUCAAGAGACCGAUGCGUCCAGGAGGGAUUUUACUCAAGAUUUCAGUUGUGGCGAUGGCAGCUAGAAACGUUCUUGGAAUUCUACUGUUGAUGGCUUUUCUUGUUUAUAAGUGGCAUAGAAGGCAUUCAUCCAUGUAUGACAACAUAGAAGAGUUUCUACAAGCAAACAAUGGCUUCAUGCCUAUAAGGUACUCGUACAAAGAAAUCAAAUCAAUGACCGAAAAUUUCAAGCAGAAAUUAGGUGAAGGCGGGUUUGGUUUGGUUUACAAAGGGAGAUUGCGAAGCGGGAGUCUAGUCGCUGUCAAGAUGCUCAAUAAAUCAAAAGCCAAUGGACAAGAGUUCAUUAACGAAGUUGCUACCAUUGGAAGAAUUCGCCAUGUCAAUGUGGUACGACUAGUCGGGUUUUGCAUAACCACCUCUACACGCUCUCUAGUCUAUGAGUACAUGCCUAAUGGCUCUCUUGACAAGUUUAUCUUUUCUACAAACUCAAAUGGUGCUUCAUGGCUUAGCUGGAAGCGAUCGUUUGAAAUUGCAACAGGCGUUGCUCGGGGGAUUGAGUACUUGCACCAAGGAUGCAGUAUGCAGAUUUUGCAUUUUGAUAUCAAGCCGCAUAACAUCUUACUUGAUGAGAAUUUUCUGCCCAAAGUUUCGGAUUUUGGACUGGCCAAGCUCUACCCGAAACAGAAUGAUAGCGUUGCAACACUUACGGCUAUAAGAGGAACAUUAGGCUACAUGGCUCCAGAGCUGUUCUACAAGAGGAUAGGGAAAGUGUCUUACAAAUCAGAUGUGUACAGUUUUGGAAUGUUACUCUUGGAGAUGGCAGGGAGGAGGAAGAAUUUCAGUAAUCAAGUUGAUUAUUCAAGUCAGAUGUACUUCUCUUCAUGGGUAUACGAUAAAUUGAAUCAAGGUGAAGAUAUAGAGAUUGGAGAUCAAAUGACAGAUGAAGAAACGGAGAUAGCAAAGAAAUUGAUUUUAGUUGCAUUAUGGUGUAUACAAAUGACACCUUCUGAUAGGCCUUCAAUGAGAGAAGUCCUGGAAAUGCUUGAAGGUGAUUUCCAGUUCCAGGGAUUAAAGUUGCCUCCUAAGCCCUUAUUUCACCCUCCUGACUCACCUGAAGGCAUUCAAAGCGAUCACACUUGUUCAUCCAAAAAAUCGGCAUUAGAGAUUGAAUCAUGGUUGUAGAAGUGUGUUGUAACUAAGUAACAGUAUGACAACGUAAUGUAAAUAUGUACAGCGGUUUAUGUGUCAGUUGGGAAACUGGUCUACUUAAUUAGAACUCUUUUUUUACAUGUAUACACAUUCCUUUCAUCUUCAAUAGAGUAUUCCAUUUGAAUUAAUAUCUAUCAGAUUUUUUCUUUACUCUUAAUAAUUCA